AGUCGGAGAAGAAGAAUCCAGCUGCCGAUCAAGGGAAAAGACAAACUAUACGUCACAGGAACCUAUGGCAUCGAACUCGUUGAUUACGUCUGAGUUUUCAGGCGUCCCAGUCACGGGGAUUGCUUUCACAAACAUUUCCCUCGACAAACCGGUGUUGAAGUACCAACCUCUGAGCAACACUUCGUCGGAAACGGUUACUCCUCUACCAUUGGACGCAACUUCAAGACCGUCUACGAUAAAUUGGAUUGACGAGACUUACUUUGUCGUCUUGUACGACAACAAGCCAUAUUUCGAACUCAUGAAUUCGAACGACAUAUCGAGGAUCGACCAGCACGUCGACUUGGUCAUCUCGUCGCAACCAGCGUCUUGUUCAUGUUCAACUUAUGACGCCAAAAGAAAAGUGUUGUACCUUCUUGACACUUCGAAUAGACUAUAUACCUACUCUUUCGACAGCACUUCUGACUCUGUACUAGAAGAAACAUCCAACUUUGUGGUAACAGAGUUGACCGAGUCAAUCUCCAAGAUCGCAUUACAUCCUAGUGACGAUGACAAAUUAUUGCUUCUUUCCAACACAUUGUAUGAGUUCAACCUCGAAUCUAAACAGCUUGAAAGAUCCAUCAACUUGUUCGUGGAGAAGGUGAACUGCUACGAUGUCAUUGAUAAUACAAUAAUAGUAUCCUCCAACAAUGAUAGAUUCAUUAACCUGAUUGACUUAAUCCAAUUCAAGGUGCAAAAGAUUUUUGUUAUGAAUGCCCCUAUUGUCAAAUUCGUAAUAAACAAGUACAAAAACAAAAGUAUUUUGGCUGCUAUUGACCAGGAUGGGUUUGUCGAAGUUUUCAAGGAGCCCCUUGCUGCUGCACAAAACACAGAGUCAUCGAUGACUCCAAACUCGAAAAGAAGAAGAAGAAACGCAAACAAGAUGGUUGCCAGUGUUCAACCUACGUCCACAAUCAAGCUAGUCAAUGACCAAAAGUCCUUCAGUAAGAUUGACAAUAUCAUAUUUGACCACGAUCAGUUGACCAUAGCAUAUUUACAGAAUGAAAUAUAUUUCAUUACUGAUAAGUUCAACUGGUUUAUAAAUAAGUUUGAUGAAGCGGAAAUCACGGUUCUCAGGAAGAAAGGAUCUUUGGACAGCUUGAAACUCAGAACAGAAGACAAGGCGUCGCUAAAAACUUAUAACGAGAACAAUCAAGUUACUAUCCGUACCGGUGACAACUUCAUCGACCUUGAUCCCGUUGUAGAUCAAGAGGAGACUGGAAAGGGAGAUGACGACGAAGAAGAUGAAGAAGACAAUGGCGACGACUUCAGCACCCUUGUUUCAAGGUUAGAUAAAAGCACCAGCGACUUGGGCACGAAGCUGCCUUCCUUGUUGAGAAACGGGACUAAGCAUAAUGAGUCGAACAAAUUCCGCUUCAAGGUUGGUACCCUUACGACAAAUCUUUCCCAAGCAUUGCGAAAUAACGAUAACGCCAUGUUCGACGUCAUAAUCAACAACACCACAGAAGAAAACGUUGUCAGAUCAACUGUCUCGCAACUCGAGCAACAUUUUGUUUUGAAGAUGCUAGAUAAACUGGCUGAGCUCGUAUACAAGAACAGGUUCAAAAAUACCACCGAGGGAGCAGAGUACGGAAUGGGUAAUUCCAGUAUUGGAUUGACUACAUGGAUACGAUAUGUCUUAAUUUACCACGGUACCUAUCUUAUUGGAGCAGCAGGUGGUAACGGUGACUUGCGCCGCAGGCUAGGCUUGUUGGGCAUGAGUUUGGAGAGAAGAGCAAGUAACAUGAACAGACUUUUGGAGUUGAAAGGCCGUCUAUCUAUGGUUACAGUGAAAGUGGCUGUCACCAGAGAACUUGAGAACCUCGGGACCAACGGCCAACCUGAGUACGAUGAGGACGACGUGGAGUACAUCGAAGACGAAGAGGAUGCCCUUACGGAAAACGACAGCUCCGAAGACGAACAUGUCGAAGAUGAAGGAAUAGAAGAUGACGAUGACGACGGUGACGACGACGACGAUGUAGAAGACUAGAAUUAAUUAAUUGGUAAAUACCAGUAUAAACAAUCAGCAUGCCCCGGCAGUGGUCUUCCACUAUCCAUCUGUGAUUAUGCGAUCUUGUGCAGGGCUGUCUUGUAUUAUAAUCUUUCAAAAACGC